GAAACUGCUCUCGUUAUUUUUUCUCUCUCUCACUUGUGAAUGUUUAUCCGGCUUGAAGAUUUUUCUAAGUGUAUGGGCUCUCUAAAUCAAACGCCGUUUUUCUUCACAGUUUCGUCCUCGGAAGUCGCUUUUUGGGUGAAAUAUUUCAGCUGCAGAGAGUCUGCGUGUUCCUGGAUGCCAAGCACCAUGCCGACCCUGCAGAGCCCUGCCGUCCUGCUGCUUUUUAGCAUCCUGAUUGGACUGAGCUGCUCUCUGGACCCAAGAGACCCCAAUGUGUGCAGCACGUGGGAGAGCUUCACCACCUCAGUAAAGGAGUCCUACUUGCAUCCUUAUGACCAAGUGGGAGAGGAGCCCUGCUCGGAUCCACGGACUUCCUACAAAUGCAUGCGCCACAGGAUCACCUACAAAACAGCCUACAGGCAGGCGGUGAAGACUGAUUACCGCAAGAGAUACCAGUGCUGUCCAGGCUACUACGAGAGUCGAGGCAAAUGUGUCCCUCGCUGCACUAAGGAGUGCGUCCACGGCCGGUGUGUCGCUCCAGAUCGCUGCCAGUGCGAGGGAGGCUGGCGAGGAGAUGACUGCUCCAGCGACUGUGACGAUAAACACUGGGGAGCGAACUGCAAGCAGCAGUGCAAGUGUGAGAACGGAGCUCUCUGCGACCCUGUGAAGGGAACAUGUCGCUGUCCUCCAGGGUUCAAUGGACGCUACUGUGAAGAGUCGUGUCCAGCAGGCACUUUUGGGAAGCGCUGUCUGCAGAGGUGCAAGUGUGCAACUGGAGGAUCCUGCGAUAAAGCAACAGGAGAGUGCAUUUGUCGGGAUGGAUUCACAGGGACUUACUGUGAGACCUCGUGUAGGAGGAAAUGCCAGGCGCGAUGCCCGUGCCAGAAUGGUGGCAUCUGUAAAGGGAAAGGGAUCUGCGCUUGCCCACCUGGAUGGACGGGUCCAGUCUGUACCGAGCGAUGUCCAGAAGGAAGGUUUGGGCCAAACUGUACUGAGGAGUGUGUUUGCCACAACAACGGAAAAUGUGACGCUGAAACUGGACAGUGUCAGUGUGCUAAAGGUUUCACUGGUCACAGGUGUAAGGAGGAGUGUGCUGCAGGUAGUUACGGACAGGACUGUAAAGGCGUGUGCGACUGUGCUAACGGUGCGCGCUGCUACAACAUCGAUGGAGCCUGUCUGUGCGAGCCGGGCUUCAGCGGUCCGCACUGCAGGGACAGGAUGUGCCCAGACGGCAUAUAUGGCAUGCACUGUGAGCGCACGUGUCUCUGUCAGGACAAACACACACUCAGCUGCCAUCCAAUGAAAGGAGAGUGCACAUGCCAACCGGGCUGGGCAGGACUAUACUGCAAUGAGACCUGCGCUCAUGGUUUCUAUGGUCAUGGCUGCCUGGAGCCGUGUCUUUGUGUGAAUGGAGGGGUGUGUGAUGGGGCCACAGGACGAUGUCAUUGCGCCCCGGGCUUCACGGGGCUCCACUGUGAAAAUCCCUGUAAAAGUGGCACCUAUGGCAAGAACUGCUCCCUGGAGUGCUCCUGUAAAAACUAUGUGGACUGCUCACCGAUUGAUGGAACUUGUUUCUGCAAAGAAGGCUGGCGAGGACCAGACUGCUCCAUCCCCUGCUCCGAAGGAACCUGGGGUCCAGGAUGCAAUGCCACGUGUCACUGUGCCAACGGAGCAAAAUGCAACCCUGCAGAUGGAUCUUGCACCUGCACGGCUGGCUGGCAGGGGGCGCGCUGUGACCAACCGUGCCCGAUGGGCACGUUUGGGCCUGGCUGCCUGAAGAGGUGUGAUUGUGUUCAUGCCAACGGCUGCCAAGCUACCACCGGGGAGUGCCACUGUCUGCCAGGCUGGUCUGGUCCCCGCUGCAGUGAGCCGUGUUCAGAGGGCCUGUGGGGGCGCCACUGUAACCAGACCUGCUUCAAGCAUUGUCCAAACAGCGACACGUGUUUGAGGGAAACUGGAGCGUGUGUGUGCCGCCCAGGUUACUGGGGAGUCACCUGCCAAAACAAAUGCAGAACGGGUACGUACGGUGACCAGUGCAGUAUGACGUGUCAGUCCUGCGGCCAAUCAUACCGCUGCCAUCAUGUGACAGGAGAGUGUGACUGUCUACCUGGAUACACUGGGCCAAACUGUGACCAAGUUUGUCCAGCUGGCUACUUUGGAAAACAGUGCUCUGAAGUGUGUGUUCCCUGUGCCAACAACUCCACGUGCAACCACCGGAACGGUCACUGUGAAUGUUUACCAGGCUGGACCGCUAUCGACUGCUCCAAACCGUGCGAUCCGGGACGUUUCGGUCAACUCUGUGCUCAGACCUGUUCCUGUCCAGCCAACCUCCUCUGUGACAGAUUUACUGGAGACUGUGUGUGUGAAAACAGAGGCGACGACUGCAAGCAAGACUCCUUUCAGCAGACGGGGAGUGUCAUGAGUCGUCUUAAUCCUGGAGAGAGGGAGUCGUGGGGGGCCAUCGCCGGCAUCGUUGUGCUUGUCAUUCUGGUGGUCCUGCUGCUGGCUCUGCUGCUGCUUUACCGCCGCAGGCAGAAGGAAAAGCAGAACAACACUCCGACUGUCUCCUUCUCCACCGGCCACACCGUCAACUCUGAAUAUGCCGUUCCAGAUGUUCCUCACAGUUACCACCAUUACUACUCCAACCCCAGCUACCACACACUGAGCCAGAACAGGCCUCCGCUGCCACACCUCCCCAACAACCACGACCACACCAUCAAGAACACCAACAACCAGCUGUUCUGCAGUGUGAAGAACGCAGAGAGGGAGAGACGAGGUCUGUUUGGAGUCGAGACCAAUGCCACUCUGCCUGCAGACUGGAAACACCACGAGCCUCGCAAAGACUCAGGAGCUUUUGGCAUCGAUCGGAGCUACAGCUACAGCGCCAGCCUCGGAAAAUAUUACAACAAAGAGCUGAAGGAUUCGGCGGCCGUGAGCAGCAGCUCUCUGAACAGCGAGAAUCCGUACGCCACCAUCAAAGACCUGCCCGGGCUGCCCCUGCCCUUCUGCCCCCCGGAGAGCAGCUACAUGGAGAUGAAGUCGGCCAUGCCCAGGGAGCGUGCGUACACCGAGAUUACGCCCCCGCCGCCGUUCCACACGGCCACCUUACGCAGAGAGUGUCAGAGCUCCCACGGCCACGCUCCUCACGAGGACCCGCAGAGCCACUACGACCUCCCGGUGAACAGCCACAUCCCGGGACACUAUGACCUGCCACCGGUGCGCCGCCCCCCCUCGCCCUGCCCCUCCCCCAGGAGAAGCCCUCAGUGACAGCGUCAGAGCAGCAGAGCAAAUUGUUCCCUUCUGCUCGCUCCGGGGUUGAUGAAGAAACGGCUAAUUUUAUCUCUGAAAAUCAGAGCUGCAGACCACCCACAGAGCAGGGGCGAGGAGUCUGUCCUGCCAGACAAACCUUUGUUUACAGUGGAUGCUUUCCUUUCAACUAAACACCGCCCCCUUGUGUGCGCAGAGCGGUACUCGCGUCUCCGUCACAGACCUGUCAUCCAGACUGAGGAGCCAGCAGGCUGUGUGGUGACGCCCGCGGGGCUUCAGCUGCUUUUAACUCCCGAGGGCAGAACCCACCAGAGGAUUUCAUGGCUAAAAGCAGCGAAUUGGGAAUGUUUGUGUGUUUGAACUCUUGUAAACAUGCUGAAAUAUUUGUUUUCCACACCCUUUGCGUGCUGCUGAUGCAUUUUUAACGGGCCUCUUUUAUCAGAGCUCGAUUUUCCCUUCGUCUCAUCUCGCUUUUCAGGGUUUUUAUUUCGAGUUGAAUUUCAGUGCAUUACAUUUUCAACAUUUUUUUAAAAAGGCAGCUUCAGCUGAAAAACAAAGAUGUCUUAUGACAAACCAUAUUUUAUAGACAGAAAAAAUACCAAAGAUUUUUCUUUUUUAACACCUGGAAGCCAAAGUGAGCAGCAUUUUACAAAAGUUCAUGUAGUGUUUUCUCUAAAAAAAAAAAAAAAAAAAUGCCAUUUAAGGACUGAAGUGUGUUUCUUUAAAGAAAUGUGGCUUAUUGCUGCUGUCUGAAGAAAACUGUGUAAAUACAGAAAUGAAUAUAUUGUCAGCCUCUCAGUAUUGUUGAAGCGCAGCUCUUCUGUUCAAAUAAAGAUGCUUUUAUGGGUCUCAUAGGACACCUUAUGAACUUCUUGUGUAUAUAUUAAUAGAUGUUAAAAGGGUUGUGUGAGUUUGGGCACAGAUAUUAUGAUAAAGCCAUCAGUGCAGUGCCCCUUUUUGUCACAAUUAAAGGGCCAUUUCACCCAAAACACAAAGAUUUUAUUAUGUUUCGGUUUGUUUUUUUAGACCUGGUGCCUGUGUUACCCAUAAUGCAAUCUCUCUGAACGGAUCGCCUUUUGAAGGAUGUCCUGUGUAGCCAACAGAUAUUCAGGCCAGGUCUUCUGCUGCUCAUUUUUUACACAUGCAAAGACAAAGAUAAUAAAAAAAACUAAAUGUGUUGCUGGCUGACAGAUUUAUGAGACUGCAUUUUGGGGAAUUAGAUUGUUGACUGUUUAUUGUAAUUGAAGCACAGCUUGCUCAAACAUGAUUGGUCAAUACAACUUCAAGAGGACUAGAAAUGGAAACCUCAACAUGCUGGGUACCAGAGCUCAUCGUCUAUAGAUUUUACAUAGUCAUAUUUUGGUAUCGGUUAUAGACGUUACCCUACUAUGAGUGGAUUGUGCAUAGUGAUUGAUGACUUGACGGCUGCCUUCAAAGUGAAUCCAAAAUUUUAAGGACAAAACAUUAAACAUUGGGAAGGCUGGGUUACUGAAGAUUGUGGGCCAGACAGAAGGCCUGAGCUCCACAUCACGUCUCCAUCACUGGACAAAACUGUGGAGACUUUGGGUACAAAGCGGUGCUCAGAGAUUCAGCUUCACAGCUUCUUGCGGCUUCCUCUGCCGCAGUUAAAGGUUUACAGAGUAUUUGUCCAAAUAUGCAACAGCUCACACCCAGUCUUAAGACGUCUCCCUUCACCCUGACCUCACCACCAACAGGUUUCAGUGGAACUACUUUUUGUCAAGUUAGUCCCUAUAUAAAAUCAUUUACAUUUUUAAUGAUGAGAGUGGAAAUGUAAUGUGAUUGGCUAAAAUUAGUGGCGAUUAUUGAGCUCUGUGUGUGUGUCUGGGGAGCAAACUGUAGUCCUGAUUGUGUUGUAGUUCAGAAAUACUGAAAUUGGUGUAUUAAUGUAAAAAUAUUGACCUGUGAAGUUCAUUUUCCUGUCAAGUUGUUAACAGAAGCCAAACAGAAUGUACGUUGUGCUUUUAGUGCUACAAUAUUGUGCAGUCAUUUAUUUUUGAAUGUAAUCCUGGGAACAUGUGUGUGUAUAUGAUGUAAAUAAAAACUCUCUGCACUUUU